UAUACCUAAUAUACAACUUUUCACUCGUAUAUAUAUACACAAAUAUAUCAUCUAUACUAAUUUAGCUCUAAGAGGAAAUUAACAAAGAAAAAAAUGGUCCAAACUCUCAGCUUCUUCAUCAUCACCAUUAUCUUGCUUACAACUAUUCCUUAUAAAGAAGCUCAUCAACAACAUUUUCUUUCUUCCAAUUUAGUCUCAUCCCAAGAAAUAAUCAACCAAACAUGCACCAAAUGUGCGGACCUAUCGGAGGUCUUCAGCUACAACUUCUGCGCGGCUUCACUCCACAACGUUCCCAUCAGCCACGCCAUCACAAAUCUCCAAGGCCUAGCUCUAGUGGCCAUGGAGCUCGCCCUAGAUUACGCCUCCGCCACAGUUGUCACCAUUGAGAAGAUUCUCGAUAAUAGUAUUAAUGAUUCGACUACUACUGGUUUGGAUCCUUUUUCGUCGAUGUGCCUGAACGAUUGCUUGGAGUUGUACUCCGAUGCUGUCACCACGCUCGUCGACGCCAUCGAAGCUUUUAUGAACCAGAAUUAUGAGACGGCUAGGGUUUGGCUCAGCGCAGUGAUGGAGGCCUCGAGUACUUGUGAGGAAGGGUUUAAAGAAAGAGGUGAAGAAGUGGAGUCUCCUUUGGUGAAGGAGAAUUAUCGUCUCUUUCAGUUGUGUGAUAUUGCUCUUUGUAUCGCUACUUUGCUUACUUCUCAUUCGUCUUGAAAAUUACCUUUUUUUUUCUUUAAAAAAAUGUAUAUAUAUAUAUUGAAGAUCAUCUAUAUUAUUACUCUUUUAUUUUAGAGAAAAUAAAUC